UUCCAAAGAUGUAAAAACGCAUUCAUUAUCGUAAAAAAAAACAAGUGAUUCAUCAUUCCACACGUGUUCAAGAUGCAUUCCGCUCAGGCACGCGAUAAAAUCUUUAAAUCCUGGUCAGGUAUCAGUGAGAUAACGAUUAUUAAGGAGGUCGCCACCAAAGGCGAGCACAUAGAGUAUUGCAUCGAAUACUGGGCGCGUAAACGCAACCUAACCCCAGCAGAAUAUCGCCACUACUUCUACGAUGUCGUCCAGGCCUAUGUCCAGCGUCUGCUCUCUGAACGUCUCGUUUUGAAGGCGGAAAAUGUGAUCCGCAAUGUGGACAGGGAUGUGAAGUGCUUCUUCUAUCAGUACGCUUGCGAGUGCCAGAAUGCAGAUCUCAGCGACUUUGUGCUUGAUCAUUUACGCUGCAGAUAUUCGCAGCUCUAUGCUGAGGAGGAACCAAUCCUGCAGUAUUACUGGACGCUGGUCCAACAGUUACGCGAAUGUAGCUCCUUGCUAGACAAAUACAAAGCUCAAUUACCGCGGGUGCACAUUGAAGCGCUGAUGACACUGCCGGAAACGACAAUGCAACGUCUGCUAGUCGAACUCUACUUUCUUAAUGAAAAUGAUCAGCUACUAACCGAGUUAAACAAGGAUAUUGUCUGGCAGCAUUUGGUGAAUACUCAGGACAAUGAUAAAUUACGGUGCUGGUUCCUCUUCAAUGAUACUUCAAAAAAGCAGGUGGGGACUACACCCCUGGAGCAGGCAUAUGCCACAUGGAAGAUCGAACCCACCAUGUACGAGUAUGCACUGGACAAUCUAAAGGAUCCAUGUGAGCCAAUACGCAACUACUUUGCCCGGGCUGGCUUUAUCUUUGCCAACGACUCUGGAGAUAUGACAACAUUAUUGCGUCGACUCUGCACGAUGUGCUGUCUUUCAGAGAACCAGGAUAUGCUCAGCAAGCAGCCACUGACCCGACACAUUAUCGAGCGGGGUCACUACACACUAUUGCUGCUACAUUGUGUGCCCGUUGAAGCGUUGGAGCAGCUAGUGGGCGAAAAUGAUCCACUGCUCGAGCUCAUUAUUGAUUUGAAGUCACAUUCGCUGACGGAGCGAACAGGCUUCGAGACCCUAUCUAAGAGCGUUCAGACUUAUCUGGAACAGACACAUAAUGCCGUCGAGUCGAUCGAAGAGCAUCCAUUGCUGAUUUUCUACGACUUCCUUUGCCAUGAGCCCAGCAUCGCCGCACUCGAGAGUUUUCUCUCUUCUAGUAAUUUGAGUCGCGUACCCUAUCUAAAAUCACUGAUGUUACGCUUUGAUCACGGUCCCAGUCAGAUGCCGUCACUGCCCACACCUCAUGAACUGUUUUUCAAAUUUAAAAACAUCAAUUUUGCAAGCUUGGCCUCUGCAGCCGGUGUUGGUGAAAUUGCCAGUUUCUCGAAUACGCGACUCUGCCAACGCUAUGCCCGUAAGACGCAGCUGAACUACACACACUAUCUGAAGCAACAUCGUAGUGCCUAUGCUGUCUACUACUUUUUGAUUGAGCAGCUCCAGCUUUAUGGCCAAAUAACACGAACACAACUCUUUCACGUUUGCGAAACGGUCACCGAACUGGCUCUGCAACAUGCCGGCGACAAGGAUCUUGUCGCACAUUGUGUGGCUUGCUGUGAAAUGCUGGGAUUCGAUACGCAGCAUCUGCGCCGCUUGCUGCUGCUGCAGAAAUUGCUUUCCUCGUCCACGGAGCAUUCCAGCUAUGCCGAAUCCUUCAGCCGUUGGGAUAAUGCACUUCUCGAGCAAUUGAAGGCCAAGCCCAUGCAAUUCCCGCUGGAAGGCUACCAAGCGCUAAUGGGCCUAGCCGCACGCAAUACUCAGGGCUGCUGGCCUGCUGCUUUACUGCAACAUUACGCUGCUGAGAACGAUUGGUGGCAUCUGUUGGUGCUCCUUCAAUACUUUGAUCUGCCGCUCGCUGAGCUUAAAAGACACUUGGAUCAUUUUAAAUACAGCACAAUGGGCGUUCAUUUGUUGCGUGCCCUCAGCUACGAUUUCGGCAGCGAGCGCCAACACAGACGCGCACGUCGCUCCGAUGGCCAGACAAACUCGUCUCAAGAAACCAUAACCAACACGUCGCAAAGUUCGAGUCAAGAUGCAAAUUUUCAGCUGCUGCAGAGCAGCGCUAGCCAUUCCACCUGCUGUUUGCUCACCCAAGCUGCACAACAAGAUCUCUUUGCUAUAAUUUUGUGUAGCAGCAACAACUUGCCGGAUGAACGUAUAACCGAAAUAGGGCGAUUCCUCGAGCUCAUGCAAGGCACUGGACCCCAAAGCACCUGUUUGAAUCUUCUAAAGCAAUGCGUCAAGCAGCAGCUGCCGAUUCUGGCUGUGCUCGCUGCAACGGUCAGUAGUCAAAAUGUGGACUGGUGCUGGCUAGUGUGGCUCUCUGUCAGCACGGGUAAGUGGUCGAACUUACUGCGCGAGUCAUCUAAAUUGAAUUCAGAGCUGGAAUUUGUUUGGUCCGUCAUCCGUGGAGCUGUUAGCGGUGGACAUGUGAAUGCAUUGCUGCAUAGUUUCAACAUUUUUCAACAGAAUUGCAAUUUCGUUCCCCUUUGCCGAUUUCUUCAACUGACGGCUCAUCAGCAGGACUUUAGCGAUACCGCCAUUGCUGAGCUACGCCUCUUUUUCUUCUGCUGGAGCAUGGAUGCUGUAACGUUACCUCUUUGUCCGCUUCUACCACGAAAACAGUUGAUGCAACGCUGCAUCGGUCUAUUACUCAUGCAAUUACAAUUGAACUUUGACUGCAUACUUCAGCAGCAAAAAUUUCUCGAAUGCAUCUGUCGCUCCGAUGUGGGUGACAUCUGCGAUCUGCUUGACUUUUGUCUGUUGCAUAAAGCCUUUGGCGUAUCCGCCAGCUGGAUGGAUAAACUCUCUAUUAACUUCGAACUUCUCGUGCGCCACGAUAGCCCCGAAUACAUGCGAUUGGUUGACGCACUAACUGAGGCAAAGGCCUAUAGUGAGGCAGUUCAGUUGGUCACGAUGCUGCAAUUGCCUGUCUGUGAUAUUAUAUCUUUGAAAUGGGUGACGGAAUAUGAUGCAGGUGUACUGCAUCCUUAUGCCAUCUAUGAGAAGGAAAUUGAAGACUAUGCACUGCCACCGGCCAUCCUCGUAAAUUUCUUCCUACACGCAGCCGGACAGGAGAACGCGGCCUGUCUACGGAAGUACGAGUUACUUCAGAGCGCGCUGAAUGUCAUAAAACAGCAUCAUUUGUUUCCCAACGAGUCCUUUGAUCGCGAUCAGAUCGAAUAUGACAUGGUGCUAUGCUAUCUGAAUUUGCCCGACGAUAUGGCACAAUUAGCAAGCAUUUACCACUCGGAAUACUUCGAGCAAAUUAUGAUGCAGGAGCGUUGUGUGCUUUACAAGUCAUUUGUGGAGCUUAAGGAGCUGGCGGGCAUAGAUGAUCUCAGCAUAAGUGUCGCGUCCAAAGCCACACUGACACCGUCAAUGGAACAGCGUCUGGAAAUGUUGCUGAACAUGCUGCUGGACAAGGGCGAUAUAGUGGAAGCAUUGCGAUUGCAGGAAUUGUUUGAGUUUCGACCGAACGAUCUACGUUUUAUUGUUUUCUCCAUGGCCCUCGCUGAAGGUGUCACAUCGAUCUUUAAUCUGUCCACCAAGGAGCGCCAACUACUUGCAGAAAUUGAAAAGGGCGCCUAUUCCAAGUUUAACAGGCUGACGUUGAAUCAAAGCCUGCUUGCCCGAUGUAGUAGCGAUCUCUCAGACAGCUGCUCUACACUUGAAUUCGAGGAGAUACCGCCCAAGGAGAAGCAACAAACCUUAGAUACACUACUAGGCAUUGGUUCAAAACUAAAGCAUGGAGUGGAGUUAGGUAAACGCAUCGUCUUAGCAUACAGGGCAGCCAUGUAUCUGGACAAGGAGUACUUGGAUGUCUUGCGAACCAAGGAUGUGAGCGUGCUUUUGAAAAGUGCAGCCGAGGAGGAUUGUCUUCAGCGGCUGAUGGUAGUCAGCGACAUACAUAUAUCAACGCGCCUGACUGAAAAAGAGAUUGCCGAAGCAAUUGCCUUGGAGCUGACGACCUGCAUAGUGCGACCACGUUUCUACAUCUUCCAUGCCAAUCAACAACCACGGAACGCACCCAGAAACGCCGACCUAUGGGGCUACAACAUCGAUCGUGACUUUCACCUAUUUCUAGAAUUGACGCCCAACACUACAAUCUUAGGUCAACAAUUGCUCGACUAUUGUGACGCACUCAAGGCGUAUCGUCGCUAUCAGGACAACAAACCCUACGAGGAGAGUGAAGCAUUUCAGCAUCUAUCGGAAAUUAUUACACGGUACGGUUUACCUGCCUCUGUGGCUUCUAAUACGUCCACCACUGCUGGUGCUGGUAGCUCUCUGUUGCCGCAGGUCUUAUCCAAUAAGAAGCACAAUCAAAUCUACGUUGAACUGCUCAUCAAGGCCCACCAUUGUUUUGUGCAUGAGUGCUCAAUGGAGGGCAUUGCGAACGUGUUGCACCGAGCCAAGGCUCUAAACACGCUGCUUAAAAAGGCAAAAUCCUGGUCAUUGAUUGUGCGCAUGCUGAUUGGCAUAGCACGCUAUCGCGAGAUGUUUUACUGUUUCGAUGCGUUGAUAGAGAAUGAGGAAUUCGAAUGCCUGCUUGGCCAAUUCGAUGAGGGCCAGAAAUGUGGUUUGCGCCAAGCGAUAAUCUCCUAUUUGCGUGAAUAUAAUCCAAAGAACAGCAAAGAGCUCCUGCGACUAGCUGCAUUGCAUUUUUUGAUGUACAAGGAGCUCGCUGAGAUGUGGGAGCAGGAGGCACGAGAUGUGCUGAACAAAGUGCGAUCCCUAUCAGAGUUAGCGGCGGGUCCACCACUGGAAUCGAGCAAAGCUCAGCUGAUCAAGUUGAAGUGUUCGACAGAAGUUCAGGCACUGUUGCAGCAGGCAUUGGAGAACUACACCCACGCUACUGAAAACUAUUUGCUGGACAAUAAACUAAUGCAGGCACAGCAGAGUGUGGCGAAGGCUGAAUUGGUGGCAAUGCAAAUAGAUCUUUGCAACAAAGCACUGGAGAAACGUUCACACAAUGUUGCCCAGCUUUGUGUGAGCGUCAUAAGUGUGAAAACGCGCGAUGAAUUCCGCGAGUUGGCCAACUCGGAGUUAAGUGUGGCGCAAACGUUGAUACUGAGUCGCGCCUAUAGUUACGAUAUUAAUUGGAGCGAGGCCCUGCUUUCGCAGUUUGUCUUGCUUCAAAAGCAAAAUUUCUUGAACGACUACCAGUACCAUCAGCGCAUAAAUGAUGAUGUUAUUGAACAAGUUGUCAAAGGUUAUGUGUUGUACACCCAAAACAAUGUCUCAAAUGCAAAACAUCAAGAAUCUCUCUCCCAGCUGGUGGAACUUAUACAAUCAGUUACACUGAAAUACAGACUUGCUUCCAUUUUGGACCUAAAGUCUAUUGUGCUGUCCUUGAUUAACAGCUCGGUAGUCCACUAUUUACGAGACACGAAUUUUGGGAGGCAUGAAAGCCACAACGUUGCGGAUAUGUGACAAACGAUUAUUAGUUCAAAUGCUUUAAUUUACCACAGUUUUUGCUGUACCACUGCAAUUUGUUAUUCAUAUGAUAUUACACAUAAUUCAAAAAUAAAUUUAAAAGUUACUCGAAA